AUGCCAGCAACACUCGUAUUAACACGCCACGGAGAAUCUGAAUGGAACAAAAAGAACUUGUUCACUGGAUGGGUUGACGUUAAGCUCACAGAGAAAGGUGAACAAGAAGCUAAGCUUGGUGGUGAGCGUCUCAAAGCAUCAAACACGCAAUUUGAUUGCGCAUACACAUCAUCCUUACAAAGAGCACAGAAGACUCUUGAGAUUAUUCAAUCUGAGAUUGGCCAAACCAGUAUCCCUGUCACCAAAGACGAGGCUCUCAACGAGCGUCACUACGGUGAAUUACAAGGCUUGAACAAGGACGACGCUAGAAACAAGUGGGGCGAAGACCAAGUCCACAUUUGGCGUAGAUCCUACAAUGUCCCUCCACCGGGUGACAACGCUGAGUCUUUGGAGCUCACCGCUAAGCGUGUCUUGCCUUACUGGAAGUCUGAAAUCUUACCAAAGUUAGCCGACGGCAAGAACAUCCUUAUCGCUGCUCACGGAAACUCACUCCGUGCUCUCAUUAUGGACAUUGAGAAGUUAUCCGGUGACCAAGUCGUCGGUCUUGAACUCGCUACUGGUGUUCCAAUCGAAUUCAAAUUAGACAUCGUUGAUGGUGAACCAAAGGUCACCUCAAAGAAGAUUUUCAAUCAAUCACUCUAG